AUGAGUAAUGCCACGCGUGCCUUGCCCUCUCCAGCGGCACCCAGCAUCCCAGGGCCUGGCACGGUGGCCAGGCUGGCUUCAGCUCCCCCAUCCCCAGCCCUUGCCCUGCUCACGGCUGCCCACAACGACUCUCAGGAUGGCCAGCAGCUUUUCCUGACCACGACAGCAGCGCAGGUCAUCUCCGGCAUCUUCGUGUGGUCAGCACUCAUCGUCACGUUCCACCAGAUCUACACACACCUGAAGAAUUACACCGUUCCCAAGGAGCAGCGCUACAUCAUCCGCAUCCUCUUCAUCGUGCCCAUCUAUGCCUUCGACUCCUGGCUCAGUCUCCUCCUCCUCGGCAGCCAUCAAUACUACGUCUACUUCGACUCAGUGCGUGACUGCUAUGAAGCUUUUGUGAUUUACAGCUUCCUGAGCCUGUGCUUCGAGUACCUCGGAGGGGAGAGCACCAUCAUGACAGAGAUCCGAGGGAAACCCAUUGUAUCCAGCUGCUUUUAUGGGACCUGCUGCCUUCAGGGUAUGUCCUACUCCAUCGGGUUCCUGCGUUUCUGCAAGCAG